AUGGCAGAAAAUAUUGACCUUCAUAAUAAAGAUAUAUUCGAAAGCACCAGCAAUAAUAAUAACCACACACAAUCAAUUUCAACUUUUGAUAAUUCUCAAAUGCAUGAACAGCCAGAAGACGCGAAAGUAACUACAACCAUGUUCGACAUUAUAACGAUUCCUAUUCAAGGAAUGACUUGUGAAUCCUGUGUAAAUUCUAUAAUAAGUGUAGUUUCUUCGUUAAGAGUCGUAAAAAUAAAUGUUAGUUUGGAAAAAAAUAAUGCAACUGUAGCUUAUGAUUCUAGUAAAAUCACGAAAUCUGAUAUUAUUAAGGCAAUAGAAAAUUGUGGUUACAAAACUCAACCUCCUGUAGAGACUCAACCCAAUCAUGCUACUAUCGGUUUGUCAAUAAACGGAAUGAAUUGCAAAUCUUGUGAAGACUCCAUCACUUCCGCGUUAAAUUCGACGCCCGGUAUUGUUAAUACUUGUGUAAGCCAUGAGAAUAAAUGCGCAAUCAUAAAGUAUGACACUUCUGUAUUAGAUGAAAGCAAUAUUAUUAAAGCCAUUGAAGACUGUGAUUAUGAAGUCAUUACCGAUGGAUAUGAAAUUUCUGAAGAUACCGCUUCCCUUGCAAGUGUUUCUCAUCAUGAUCGCUCAGUUAACGAUGCUCUUUCAUCGGUCGCAAUCCACGAAUUCGAACCUGAUCACCUUCGAACUUGUUAUCUUCAAGUGCACGGAAUGACUUGUGCUUCAUGUGUAAAUAGCAUUGAAAGAGUGAUGAGAAAUGCUCCAGGAAUUGCUUCCAUUGAAGUUGCUUUACUUGUUGAACAUGCAACUGUCGAAUAUGAUCCUGCUAUUAUAAGUGAAGAUGAAAUAGUAUCCAUGAUUAAUAAUAUUGGGUUUGAAGCUUCUCUUAUUCAAAAAAGACGUCAAGAUACUGUGGAACUUCGUGUUCAUGGAAUGAAUACCCCUGACAAUGCUAGUAGAAUUGAAAAUGUUUUGAAUGAAAUUCCCGGUGUCAUCCAUGCAUCCGUUGAUUUUAUCAAGAAAAUUGCCAUUGUAAAAUUCAAUAACGAUAUUUUGGGAAUUAGAGAAUUAGUCUUUGCAAUAAACGAUCUUGGAUUCGAUGCAAUGAUAAGCGAUGACACUAAUAAUGCCCAAUUAGAAUCUUUAUCUCGCACUAAAGAAAUUAUUGCGUAUCGUAAAUCUUUUUAUUGGUCUCUUUUAUUUGCCAUACCAGUAUUUUUAAUCUGUAUGGUUAUACCACAAUUUGAAUGGGGCUCUCAAUUGAAUAAUCUUUACUUAAUAGAAGGACUUUAUUAUAGUGACCUGAUUGCUCUUAUAUUGACUAUACCAGUUCAAUUUGGAAUUGGUAAAAAAUUUUACGUUUUAUCAUUUAAAGCUUUAAUGCAUAAAUCCGCGACCAUGGAUGUAUUAGUAGUCAUUGGAACAUCUGCUGCAUUUUUUUAUUCAUGUUUUAUCAUGUUUGUUAUGGUCUUUUAUCAAAUUGAAAGGCAACCUGUUUUUUAUGAUACAUCGACCAUGUUGAUUACUUUUGUGUUACUAGGUCGCUAUUUAGAAAACAAGGCUAAAGGUCAGACUUCAACUGCUCUAUCAAAACUCAUGUCACUUACUCCUUCAAAUACCAUCAUUCUUAUCAAAAACCCGGAAACCGGUGUAACUCUUGAAGAAAGAACUAUCCCUACUGAAUUAUUACAAGUUGGUGAUAUUGUUAAAAUUAUUCCUGGAGAUAAGAUUCCUGCUGAUGGUAUUGUAUUAUCCGGACGAUCAACCGUUGAUGAAUCCAUGGUAACAGGUGAAGCAUUACCUAUUAAAAAAAGUCAAAAUGAUUCUGUAAUCGGUGGAACUGUUAAUGGAUCUGGAAAAUUCGAAAUGAGAAUCACCCAUGCUGGAAAUGAUACUGCAUUAGCUCAAAUAGUGAAACUUGUAAAAGAAGCUCAAACUUCAAAAGCUCCAAUACAAGAACUUGCUGAUACUGUAGCUGGAUAUUUUGUGCCCGUAGUUAUAACUUUGGGUGUUUUAACAUUUUCUGUCUGGAUGAUUCUUUCAAAUAUUUUAAAUCCUCCUCCAGACAUGUUUAAAGAUGAAAAUGACCGUUUGGUAAUGUGUCUUAAACUUAGUAUUUCUGUAAUUGUAGUCGCAUGUCCGUGCGCUUUGGGACUUAGCACACCAACCGCCGUAAUGGUUGGAACCGGUGUCGGAGCUCAGAAUGGAAUAUUAAUUAAAGGUGGUAGUUCACUUGAAUCCGGAUAUAAAGUUAAUCAUGUGAUCUUUGACAAAACCGGGACUUUAACCAAAGGUCAACUAGAUGUAGCAUACUUUGAACUUUUAACUAAUAAUCUAGAAAUAACAAAAGAAACUUUCUUUGCCAUCGUCGGUGCUGCUGAAACAUUCAGCGAACAUCCUUAUGGAAAAGCAAUUGUAAAUUACGGAAAACAACUUUUAGAAAUAGAUAAUUAUGAUGCUGAAAUUACUGAUUUCGAGGCAAUCACCGGACAAGGUAUAAAAUGUAAUGUUAUUUUAAACACUUCAUAUUCUGAGGUACCACCCAUUACAAGCGUCACUAGUACCGUAGGCAAACCUUUUAAAGUUUUGGUCGGAAAUAUUAAAUUAAUUUCUGAAGAACAUCAAAUAUUAAUUCCACCUUCAGCCACAGAGAUCGAAGAGAGACACCAAACUCUUGGACGUACCGUUGUCUUUGUAGCGAUUAAUAAUGAAUUAGCUGGACUUAUAUGUCUUUCUGAUAUAAUUAAACCAGAAGCCAAAAUUGCUGUUGCUGCAUUGCACAAAAUGGGUAUAGAAGUUACAAUGGUCACGGGCGAUCGAUUGUUAACAGCUCAAUCAAUAGCAAAUAGUUGUGGUAUUACUAAUAUUCAGGCUGGUGUGUCUCCUAAAGGUAAAACACUCAUUGUUAAAUCCAUUCAACAGAAAGGUUCCGGUAAUGUGGUUGCGAUGGUUGGCGAUGGAAUAAAUGAUUCCCCUGCGUUAGCAGCAGCUGAUGUAGGAAUUGCACUUUGUUCAGGAACUGAUGUCGCUAUCGAAGCUGCGGACAUGGUUCUUAUGAGAUCUGAUCUUUUAGAUGUUGUAGCUGCAUUAGACUUGUCACGUACAAUUUUCCGUAGAAUUCGACUAAAUUAUGUAUGGGCUUCUCUGUAUAAUGUCCUUGGAAUUCCUAUAGCUAUGGGUGUUUUUAUUCCAUGGGGAAUAUAUUUACAUCCAAUGAUGGCAGAUACUGGAAAAGGAGGUGGUGUGAAAAAGCUUAAUGCUGGAAAUCGAUUUAUGAUUAGAAUAAAGAACCUUUUUAGAUCGAAGAACACUACACUUGAUGAGCUUAGAUAUACGCGUUUGUCAGGAGCCAAUUGA